CAGCAGUCGACGUGACCUGUUGUUAUUCUGUUUUGACGAUUUCGUUCGAAAAAUUAAAUAGCAUUUUUAUAACUUUUCCUGAUUUCAACCAUGAGCAAAUUCACCAUGUAUAUUUUAGUUUUUAUAUUAAUCACAGGAUCAGAAUUGAAUAUCUUUGCACGUGCGGCAUUAUGCAAUCCAAUGAUCGGUCCUUGUUCAGAAGGUAGUUGUAUGCCAUGCGAUUUGGGAAAAAAGCAAAUAGUUUAUAAAAAUGACUGCAUGAACCCAAAUGGAUGCCCGGAAGUCACCAAAGUAAAACUCGAACCACCGGUCCCGGAUUAUUUAGUAAAACCAUCAAUAAUCCUAAGUAAUCCGGUCACUAGGUGCUUAUUAUGUUUCUGGAAUAUUACUCCAUUUUAUUGGAAUAUGGUAGGGGAUCCUGCAAAAGAAGAAUAAUGAAGAUAUAUUGUUGACAUAACUAUCCAAAAAAACAAAAUCUAUUUAAUUUAUUUGUCUUUUG